AUGACGUUAAAUCUGUUGAGAUGUUCGCUGAUUAAUCAUGGACUACUGGAAUUAAAGAAAUCAUCAGCGUUCUUAACAUUAAGGCUGUCAUUAAAUACAUCAGUGGCUUCUAAAAGCCCGAAGAAGGAGGGCCAAGGUGAAUUUCGAACUGAAAGGGACACUUUUGGUGAGCUGAAGGUCCCUGCUGACAAAUACUAUGGAGCACAAACUAUGCGUUCAAUGUUAAAUUUUCCAAUAGGAGAUAGUUUUGAACGUAUGCCUUACGGUGUCAUUGUUGCAAUGGGUAUAUUGAAGAAAGCUGCAGCGCUAGUAAAUAAAGAAUUGGGGAUGGAUGCAAAAAUAGCAGAUGCUAUUAGUAAAGCUGCAGAUGAUGUCAUAUCUGGGAAACUUUAUAAUGAUCACUUCCCACUAGUAAUUUGGCAAACAGGUUCUGGUACACAGAGUAAUAUGAACACUAAUGAGGUGAUCUCAAAUCGUGCAAUUGAAUUACUUGGAGGCAAGCUUGGAUCUAAGGAUCCUGUUCACCCGAACGAUCAUGUUAAUAAAUCUCAAAGUAGCAAUGAUACGUUUCCAACUGCUAUGCACAUAGCAGUUGCUCUGGAAAUCAAUAAAGUAUUGAUUCCUGGAUUACAAAAGUUACAUGACGCAUUGGAUGAAAAAGCCAAUGCAUGGAAGGAUAUUAUAAAAAUUGGUCGAACUCAUACUCAAGAUGCUGUUCCAUUAACAUUAGGACAAGAAUUUUCAGGUUAUGCGCAACAGGUUUGCAAUGGUAUUAAUAGGGUAAAGGAUACUCUUCCAAGAUUAUAUCAGUUAGCACUCGGUGGUACUGCAGUAGGCACAGGUCUAAAUGCGCCAAAGGGUUUUGCAGAGAAGUCAGCUGCGAAGAUCGCAGAACUCACUGGCUUACCAUUCGUAACUGCCCCUAAUAAGUUUGAAGCUUUAGCCAGUAAGGAUACUAUGGUAGAAGUACAUGGUGCUCUUAAUACAGUAGCAGUUUCACUUAUGAAGAUAGCGAAUGAUAUUCGAUUUUUGGGGAGCGGACCACGUUGUGGUUUAGGAGAAUUGGCCCUUCCUGAAAAUGAGCCAGGAAGUUCCAUUAUGCCUGGUAAAGUUAAUCCCACGCAAUGCGAAGCUUUGACUAUGGUUUGUUGUCAAGUAAUGGGAAAUCAAGUCGCCGUGUCUAUCGGUGGAAGUAAUGGCCAUUUCGAGCUUAAUGUAUUCAAACCCAUGAUAGUUGCGAAUACCUUAAGAUCUGCAAGAUUGUUGGGUGACGCCGCCGCUACGUUUACGAAAAAUUGCGUUGUCGGUAUUAAACCGAACAAAGACCGAAUUGCAAAACUUCUGAACGAGAGUUUGAUGCUUGUUACCGCACUAAACCCGCAUAUUGGUUACGAUAAGGCUGCUGCAAUUGCGAAACAAGCUCAUAAAGAAAACUUGACGUUAAAAGAAUCAGCAUUAAAGAAUGGUGUAACUGAAGAACAAUUUGCUGAAUGGGUUAAACCAGAAAAAAUGGUUGGUCCUAAAUAAGUUUGAAAAAUCAUAACGAUUAUCAAACUUAAAAUCAUUUUAUAUUGAUAGUUCAUUAGUAUAUUCCGUAAUUUAAUGUUUAUACUACUAGUGAUAUUAAAUUUAAUAAUUUUAAUACACAAUACUUUAUCAGUACUUGUUAAUUAUAUAAAAUAAUUUAUAUAAAAGUUUAUAUCAAUAAACGUAAGACAUUGUAAAAAAACUUA